AAGGGCUGCGUCCUCCAUGCUGGCUACCCUGAGGGGGAGUUGGUAAUACCGAAUACUUAAGUUUACCAUAUGCCAAGUGCUGUUCUAAGCGCUUUACUUCUAGUAACGGUUUUAAUUCUCCACAGUAACCCUAUGAGACAGGUGCUAUUAUCCCAUUUUACGUGGGAAAAGAGAGGGCGGGAAAAUGGCAGAGAGGGAUAUGAAUCCACGCAGUCAGGCCCCAUCCCCGUUCUAGCCAUCUUGAGGCCUUGUGGCCUCUCUGCUAAUGGGCCAGGAGAGGGACUGGGGGCUGGGGGGUAAUUCCCCGCUUCUGAAGAGGCCUGGGGAUCCUAUGCCCCCACAUCCACUGCUUCCUUCUGCCCGGGUUUCCUGGAAAGUGCGGCGGCGGCGCUGUGGGCGGAAGUCCUGCGGUCACGGCCCCCCAGGCUGCAGGCCCUGCCCGGAUGGGGCCCCUCCGCCGCCUUCUGACUGCCGCGCUGCUCCUGGCCCUGGCGGCGCCGCGGGAGGCCUCCCAGCGCUGCGGCCACCUCGAGUACUGGAACCCUGACAACCAGUGCUGCGGCAGCUGCCUGCAGCGCUUCGGGCCGCCCCCCUGCCCGGACCAGGAGUUUUCAGAAAACUGCGGGCUCAAUGACUUUGGCGAUCACGUAACGCACCCCUUCCAAGAGUGUCCUCCUGGGCAGUGCAACUUCGACAGCGCGGAGCUAUGUAGCCCCUGUGGCGGUGGAGCCACGGCCCCUACUCCCGCCGGGAGGCGCGGCGGACCCCGGCGGCGCUGCGGAGAGAAGCCCGUCCCUACCAAGGAGCUCUGCCUCCUGACGCCUGGAAAACCGAGCGUCCUUAGCUCCCAGGAGCCCAGCUCACCGGCGACUUCCAGUCUCCCGUGGACGUCUGAGCGCAACGUCCCUCAGCAGGCCUUGCCGAGUUUUGCCCUGCCCCUGGUGAUGGUUCUGCUCCUGACCUCCACAGCAAUCCUCCUGCUCGCCCUGCAAAGGCACUGCCGCCACCGCCAGGGGAAAGCUCGCCUCCACCCCUAUCCUGGCUUGGUUUGCAGCGACCCCACCACCCACACCCUCUCCUCCUUGCACUCCUCAUCUCCAGGCUCCCUGGAGGCAUCAGAGGCAGGGGACUCAUGGAAGAGGGUGUCUCUGCUUCCACUCCUGGGCAGGGAAUUGCCGAGUCUGGCGUCGCAGCCCCUGUCUCGCCUCCUGGAUGAGCUGGAGGUGCUGGAGGAGCUGAUUGUGCUGCUGGAUCCUGAGCCUGGGCCAGGUGGGGGGAUGGCCUGUGGCACCACUCGACACCUGGCUGCGAGAUAUGGACUGCCCGCUGCCUGGUCCACCUUUGCCUACUCACUGCGACCCAGUCGCUCACCUCUGCGGGCCCUGAUCGAGAUGGUGGUUGCGAGGGAACCCUCUGCCUCUCUGGGCCAGCUUGGCACACACCUGGCCCAGCUAGGGCGGGCAGAUGCCCUGCGGGUGCUGUCCAAGCUUGGCUGAUCUGAGGUUUGUCCAGCCUAGUACUCAACAAAAAUAAAGUUUCCCUUGAAAUAAG